UCGAUUUUGGUUAAUUUAUUUUAAAACAUUUAUACUCCGUGUUACUUUUUUCUUUUUCCGAUCAUUUUGGAUCUUGAAAUAUGUCAUAUUUUAAUUUCUUUUUCCGAAAUUAUUUUGAAAGUAAUUAAUUCCGCUUUUAUGAAACUACAUUUAUCAAGAUGACAAUAUUAGUUUGAAUAAACCAUAGUUAUAAUGCAAUAUUUUGUACCCACAUGAAAUUCUUUAUGACACGAGCUUCUCAAAAUGACAAUGUUACUUCUGACUUUUUUACCUCUCUUUUCUAAUAUUUUUACGUUUUGGUUUUGAUAUCAUUUUAUCUUAUAAUACUACAAUUUCUUAUGAAAAUGUCAUAAUUUGUAAUCUGAAGGUUCCAUUUCUUUACCCAACCAGUGUGCUAUUCUCUUGAAUUACAUUAUUUGGUUCAUCUGGUGGUGGUGGAGAUUUUCUUGUGAAAAAAUUACGUAGUAUUAUCUCUUGCUUCAUUGCAAUGUGAGACAACCCAGGAUUAGUGAAAGGCCUAAAAACAUGGUAGUUUGGUAAUUUGGCAUUUUUUGGGUUUAUAAACUUACACAUUUUAGAAACUGAUAUAUCUUGCUCCAUUUGUCAGAUUCAUUCAGAAAAAUUAACAAAUUACUUUUUGUAGAUAAAUAAUUUAAGUAGUAAACAAUGAACUUCAGAAUGUUAGGUAGUUUAUUUAACAAUUUAUUUUGUUUUGUGCAGACAGGGCAAGUCAAUUCCCUUCUCAAGCUAAUUCUUUCAAGCACACCAAAUGUAUCACAAGAGAGAGGUUGAUCUGUACCAUUUCAACCAUUCCCUUAAGCUUCUGGUCUACUGCAAAACCACCUGUUGCUCCUCAUGCACCGUUUUCGAGAAGAGUUGACAAGUAUACGAAGCCUACAAAAAUCACCACAAAGGUUUCUUGAUAUUAUGAGAGCUUCAAAGUACAAUGUCACUAAUAAACCGGGAAACCAUCUUCGCCUUAUUGAGGGAUGCCUUCAACCGGAUAGAGGUGGAUGUCUGUUUGAAAUUGUACAUGGAAAUGCUGAACCAUGCAUUGAUGCCUAAUGACUACACCUUCACCAGCUUGCUCAGUGCCUGCACGGGUAGUGGAUGCUUUGGUCAAGCUAAGAGUGUUCAUUGCCAAACAAUUUGCACAGGGUAUGCACAACAUGGGCUUGCACCACAAGCCAUUGACCUUUUUGAACAAAUGAAGGAUAAAAGGGUAAAACCUGAUUCCAUUACUUUUCUUGGGAUUUUAUCUGCUUGCCGCCAUGCGGGAUUAUUCGAGCAAGGGUGGUUUUAUUUCAAUUCAAUGGCUUUAUAUGACGAGAAGCCGAGGAUAGACCACUUUUCAUGCAUUGUGGAUCUUCUUGGACGAGCUGGAAGGGUAGAGGAGGCCCAUGAUAUGAUAAAGAAGAUGUGUGUGAGCCCGAAUGGUGUAAUAUGGGGUUCAUUACUAAUGUCCAGUAGGCUUCAUGGGAAUGCUGAGGUGGGGAUUGAAGCUGCAGAAAACAGGCUCAUGCUGGAACCGGGGUCUAGGGCUACACACUUGCAGUUGGCUAAUCUAUAUGCAAGCAUUGGGCUGUGGCAUGAAGCUGCAAGAGUAAGAAAAGAGAUGAAAAGUAAGUGGCUUAAGAUUGAGUCUGGGUGUAGUUGGAUUGAGAUAAGGAACGAGAUUCAUUGUUUUAGAGUAGAAGAUGGAUCAUUUGCUGAAUGGAUUGAAGUUGUCCCAGUUAUGUACAUUUUGGCAGAUCACAUGAGAGAUCAUGGUAAAGAAACCAUCUCUGAGCUUUAUUGCAACUAGUCUAGAUAUAAUGGUGCGUUAAACUGAGUGGGUUUGUUAUAGACUUGCAGAAAAAGUGGUUGUUGUGUCUUGGAAGUAUAGCCAACUCUCCUGGAAACUUUUUGAUAUGAUAAUCUGAAAGAAAAGGGUACCUGAAGAACCCUAAAGCCAGUAAGGAAGCUUUUGCUGGUGAGUGGUAUCACUCGGGCGAUCUUGCUGUGAAGCAUCCAGAUGGUUAUGUAGAGAUUAAGGAUAGGUUGAAGGAUAUAAUCAUACCCGGCGGCGAGAGUAUUAGUAGUGUUGAAGUGAAAAAUAUUUUGUAUAAACUCCCGGCUAUACUCGAAGUGUAGGCAACUGGCAAGGCCUGAUGAGCAGUGCGGUGAACCACCUUGUGCGUUUGUGACCCAUAAGCCGGAGAUUAAAAACACCACUGAUCAAGAACGGCUGACUAGUGAUAUUUGGUUUCCUAAAUCGGUGAUAUUUGGGCUGUUGCCGAAAACAGCGACUGGAAAAAUACAGAAGCAUUUGUUAAGGGCGAAGGUGAAGGAGAUGGGACCUAUUAAAAGGAGCAAGUUAUGAUCUUUAAGAUUAUGAUCAUAAGUUAAGAUGUGCCUUUCUUGGUUCAUGUCAUUAUAUUAGUUCAGUAAUGUAAUCUAGGGUCUUCAAUUUCUUGUUGCACACAAACAAUCUUUUGGUUAUUGAAGCAUGCUAGGUUGUCUUGUAUGCAGUUUACAAUGGACAUUCUGGCAUUUAACAACUUGCAUAUGAAUAGAUAGAUAUAUGCA